AUGGCCAACGCAGAACAGAUCGCUGCCCAGAUACUGGCUGCUAAAUCCCUUUGUGUCUCCUCCUCAUGGCUCAACACGUUCCUGGCUUCCUCACAACGCAACAUCCCCGCUUCCGCACUCACAAAGACAGCUCUAUUUCGCGUUCUCGCCUCUGAUAUUCGACAAUCACUGGCGACAAAUCCAACCUCCGUAUUCCCAGUGGAUGUAUCGGACCCGAACGUACAAGAAAGGCGCCUUCCCGGCCCAAUUCCCGUUCAAGUUCUUGACAUUGAAGAUAUCGGCACGAGUCUAUGGAGCCAGGUCGAAGCAAUUGAACGCGUUGAGCGCGGUGAAGCCAUACGAGGCCGAGAAAUUAUACGCACGAUAAGUGUUGGCGAAGACAAUGAAGCGACAGGAAACGGUAGCUCGAAUAACAACAGCUCCGUUGGAACCUCCAGUGCGUCUGGGAGCAGUGGGCACGGACCACAUCGAUUAAUUCUACAAGAUGCGGGUGGGACGAAAGCAAUGGCAAUUGAAAUGCAGCGCAUAGAGGGCAUAUCAUUGGAGAACCUGUCUAUCGGCUCAAAAUUUCUGCUUCGCAACGCGACUGUGGCGCGAGGCAUGGUGCUGAUGAACCCGGACUCUGCCACCCUGCUCGGCGGCAAAAUUGAAGCCCUAGAUAAGCCUUGGAGGGAGGGGAGGAAGGCCAGGUUAUUGCAAAAGAUUGGUUCUAUGGAAGCGGAGGCAAAUCAAACGAAUGACGACAUAUGA